UGUGCAACAAAAACCCACCACCAUCAUAUUCAUACCAAAAACCAACACACUCCUCUGAAAACCCUCCACACACAAAUGGAAGAGAUAACCCACAGAACUCUCCACAUCAAUGGCAUCAACAUGCACAUAGCUGAAAAGGGUGAAGGCCAAGGCAAGCCAGUAAUCCUGUUCCUCCACGGAUUCCCCGAGCUAUGGUUCACAUGGCGCCACCAAAUCCACUCCCUCAGCUCCCUUGGCUUCCACACCGUGGCUCCUGACCUGAGAGGCUACGGCGACACCGAUGCGCCUGGCUCGAGCCAGGCGUACACGUGUCACCACAUCGUGGCUGACCUGGUGGCACUCAUUGACCAGCUUGGUGUUGACCAGGUGGCCCUGGUGGCUCAUGAUUGGGGAGCCUUGGUUGGGUGGUACUUGUGCCUGUUUAGGCCUGAUCUGGUCAAGGCCUAUGUUUGCUUGAGUGUGCCUUUCAGGCCUAGGAACCCUAAGAUGAAGCCUGUUGAGGGGAUGCGGCUUGUCUUUGGAGAGGACUACUAUAUGUGCAGAUUUCAGGAACCAGGAGUUAUUGAAGCUGAAAUAUCAAAAGCUGGGACAGCUGAAGUGCUGAAGAAGAUCCUAAGUGACAGGAAACCAGGUCCUCCAUACCUAGCUAAAGUGAAUCCAUUUGGGAUCUGCCCGAAAAAUUCAGGGCCUUUGCCCUCUUGGCUCAAGGAAGAUGAUUUCAACUACAUUGUCAACAAGUUCAGUGAGACUGGCUUCACUGGAGGUCUCAACUACUACAGAGCCCUAGAUUUGAACUGGGAGCUGACGGGGGCAUGGACCGGUGCAGCGGUGAUGGUGCCGGUGAAGUAUGUUGUAGGGGAUGAGGACAUGUGCUACACUACACCUGGGGUGAAGGAGUAUGUCCAUGGAGGUGGGUUCAAGAAGAAUGUGCCAUUGCUGGAGGAGAUUGUCGUGAUGGAAGGAGUUGGUCACUUUCUCAACCAGGAAAGGCCAGGGGAGAUCAAUGCUCAUAUCCACAACUUCAUCAUAAAGUUCUACUAGCUAGUCCUUUUGCUUACUAUGUGUAGCUUCAUUGUGUUGCUUUCCACUUGAAAGAUUCCACAUGAAUAUGUCUCUGUCAUCAUCCUAGUUUGAGUUUGUCCCUGUUUGUCAUUAAGAUGGUAAGUAUGAAUGUAGUAAGAGAAUCGGCUGUCACUUUAGUUGUUUAGAGUAGUAGGUGCUUCCUUUUAUCAAGUGUGGGAGGAGAUGGCACAGGACAAGAGGAGACGGCUCUUGUAGUGCAAGCUAUAUAAACCAAUAAUUUCUUCUGUGAUGUUAGAUCUCUGGCAUUUCCAGCUUCAUCUUCAAGAUGAUCAUAACACAGGUAAUCGGCUUCUGUGUCCAUACGUCAAAAUAUGUAACCUAGUGGCUGCUGCCCAUGUAGACAUACCGAUAGUCACCUGAUUCAUAUGGGUGACGAGGAAUAAGCAUUGAUUUUCUUCAGAACUAUGUGUCUUGAAGUGAUCAAAGAAGUGUAUAUAUUAUAGCAUUCAUGCUUGAAGUAUUAAUGAAAGCACUAAAAGAAAAGAAAAGUGUUGAGUCC